UAAGCAGGUUAUAUCACAAGCAGAAGAUAGUUCAAACAAAACUAACUUUUCGCGACGUUAUACGCAAAUUCCUCAGGAAUAGAAGGUUUUGUCCGGAUUAAUCAUGAAGAUUGCAGUAGUUGGCGCGACUGGUCAAACCGGGCAGCAGCUGGUGAAUCAGACUCUUCAGCAAGGACACUCCGUCACUGCCCUCGUCAGAAACCCGGGAAAACUGAUGGUAACGCACGAGAACCUCAAGGUGGUUGAAGCAGACAUUUUCUCAGAACACAGCCUGAAACUGCACUUCAAAGGUCAGGAUGCUGUGUUGUCCUGUCUUGGCUUUCCAAUCUCAUUUGUUUAUGGAGUCACUGGCUACACUCAGUCUAUGAAGGCAGCAUUAAAUGCUAUGCAUGAAGUCAAAGUCAAUCAAAUCAUCACCAUGACCUCAUGGUACACUGACCCAAAUUCAGGCUCCAAUUCUUCCUUUCCCAUCCGCUUCAUGUUGCUUCCCAUGAUCAGAAGUGUUCUGAACAACAUGUAUGAAAUGGAAAGCUUUCUUAAGCAGACUGACGACAUCAACUGGACUGUUGUCCGGCCGCCUAGUCUCAAGAAUACACCAACAACAGUUUUCAAAGCUGUUGCCAUCAUCACCAAAUGA